UGUUCCAAACAGGGCGUUAGCAAUUUCUAUUGUUAUUGGUAGCUGGGACUGGGUGGAGAGAGAGAGAGAGAGAGAUGAAUGGAAUUGUCUGCGCUGUGAACAUCUCCCAGGUGCUCCCAUCGCCUUUCGCCGACCCUUUCUCAACUCGCGGCGACAAGAAGUUCACGACCAAGUCGACGAAUCCCUUCACUCCAUCAUCAUCGUCGCCGUCCUCGAAACUCAAACGACGUCGCAGUCCAACACCAAGCCUAAACAACCAGCAGGCGACAAACAGCUCUAUUACCAGUACCAAUGAAAUCAGGGUGUGCGUGAACAGGACCUGCCGGCGGCAAGGCUCCAUGGAAACCCUAAAAACCCUCUCCGGCAUCGCGCCUCCUCACGUCUCCGUCAACUCCUGUGGUUGCUUGGGCCGCUGCGGCGCCGGCCCCAACCUUGUGGUUCUGCCUCAGUCCACGUUCUUCGCUCACUGCGGGACCCCCGCCCGAGCGGCCCAUGUCAUGCUCGAUUCGUGCGGUGGCGACUACGACGAUUGGACUAAUAGUUUGGCAGCACUUGCUUUGAGGAAUAGGGCCGAGGACUUGUUGGCUAAUGGUAGUAACAGUGAAGCUGAGGUCUUGCUCUCUCAGGCAAUAAAUCUUAAACCAUUUGGUGGUAUCCACGUUCUCUAUAAGGCCAGGUCUUCUGCGAGAUUGGUGAUGGGCAAUUUGGCUGAGGCUCUUGAAGAUGCUAAAGAAGCUUUAACUAUUGCUCCUAAAUAUCCUGAGGCUUACAUCUGCCAAGGUGAUGCUUUGAUGGCUAUGGAGCAAUUUGAUGCAGCUGAGAGGUCCUAUGCUAUGGCUUUAGAGUUAGAUCCUUCCAUUCGUCGUUCCAAAUCAUUCAAGGCUCGGAUGGCAAAGCUUCAAGAGAAACUCAUUGCAGCAAGUUUGCCUUAGUUCUGCUGUCUGGCUGAAGAUUGGUGCAUAUAGAUAGUAUAGUUAUACUGGACAUGAGAAGCAGGCUGCUUCUACUGUUGAAGUUGGUUGAGUAGGUGAAUAGAGUCCGUCCAUUGGACAUUAGAGUUCCCGACUAUGUAUGUGGCUCCUCUCACACCAAGCAUAUUAAUGGAUGCAGUCAGGACAAAGUAUCUAACUCUAUAUCAACCUAUAUCGCAGGUGAUGCUUGAUUGAGCUACCACAACCGGUCAUGGUCAUAGUAUCGUGGACCAGAAUCUUGUUUAGUUAAACUUAGCAGCCAAAUAUGUUAUCCGCGUCCAUUUAUGGAGAACAUUUCAUGCUUUGUGCCGUCAUGGUUUUGAGGGUUCUUCAGCAAAUUCAGGCUCCAUUGACUGAGCCAUGGUAUGGGUAGUAGUUCUUAGUAUGUGGCUGUAGAUCUCUACUCAUUUUACUGGUUAAAUAGGUCAUAAUCUGUGUUGAUGUUGUUAGACAUUGUCUAAUAAUGCUAGUUGGCCCAAUGGUUAUUGGUGUAAUACCAUCUUUAUUUCAAUUUGGCCAAAUGUAACACUUGCAUAUAUCGUGACCUGAACUUGCAAUUUAAUUUUGAUGUUGGUUA